AUUUGGGCAUCCAAUUCAAUAAUUCCAAAUAAUAAUAAUAAUAAUAAUAAUAAUAAUAAUACCUAAUAAACCAAAACCAAAACCAAAACCAAAUUCUACACACCACCACUGCCCUCCCUAACUAUAUUCAUUAAGCCUUAUUAUUUUUAGGUUGUCCAAAAUCAGCAGAAGCAGCGGCAGAAGAAGAAGAAGAAGAAGAAGAAGCUCUCUCCCUCUUAAAUACAGAGGACGGACAGACAGACAGAGAUAAAACAGAGAUCGUCGACAGUCCUUAAUAAAAUUAAUUAAUGGGGACGAUCGGUGCUGCUUUGUUGCUCCCGACGAAGCUGAAGCCAGAAAGGGAUAGGGAGAAAGAUCCGUACUUGAGGAGGACGCGAAGAAGGAGAUGUAAUAGUAAUAAUUAUAUCAUCAGAACUAGGAAUCAACCACAAACCCUAACUGUUGCAGCUCGUCUGUUUGGUCCCGCCAUAUUUGAGGCUUCGAAGCUUAAGGUUCUGUUUCUGGGAGUCGACGAAAAAAAACAUCCCGGAAAACUCCCCAGAACUUACACUCUUACCCAUAGCGAUAUUACAUCAAAGCUUACCCUAGCAAUUUCUCAGACAAUCAAUAAUUCCCAGCUGCAAGGAUGGUACAACAGAUUGCAGAGAGACGAAGUGGUGGCGGAAUGGAAGAAAAUAAAAGGCAUGAUGUCACUCCACGUCCACUGCCACAUCAGCGGCGGCCACCCCCUCCUCGACUUCUUCGCAAAUCUCCGUUACUUCAUUUUCUGCAAGGAACUCCCCGUGGUGCUGAAGGCCUUCGUCCACGGCGACGGCAACCUGCUGAGCAACUACCCGGAGCUCCAGGACGCCCUUGUCUGGGUCUAUUUUCACUCCAGCAUCCCGCACUUUAAUAAGGUCCAGUGCUGGGGCCCCCUCCGCGCCCCCUCCGCCGCCGCCGUGGAUGUCGCCGGCGACACCCCUCAGCCGUGCGCCGAGGACUGUAAUUGCUGCUUUCCGCCGAUGAGCUCCGUCCCUGAUUGGCCGCAGUUUGGCUCUCCGGCGCCGCCGCAGGAAAACGAAGGGCUGGACCUCCGGCGCCAGAGUACGUAAUUAAUUAAUUGAUUUGUAGGCGGUUGAGUCGGUCGGGUGGCUCGAUAUUAAUUAGUAUCAUUAUUAUAAUAUAGAUUAUUAUUAUUAUUAUUA